GCAAAGGCUUUAAUCUCGGACUAAUUCAGCUGCUUUUGAAGUGAAAAUUUCUACCAGUUCGUACUUCGGGAGUACAGAGCGAGGACCUGCAGACAGACGCAGCGCUCAUGGUGCCAGACACAGCCACGGAUCUGCGAUAACCUCGCACGGUCUCCUUCCAGCUGCCGCGCCUUGCUUCUUUACUUCCAGGAUUACUUAUUAUUGAAGCGUUUUACGAUUUUUUUUCUUUUUCCCAACCCCGAGAGAGAGCCUCGAUGCUGUUUUGAUUGUCUUAAUGAAUCUGACGAAAGCAUCUCCGUUUCAUUUCCUGACAAUUGGGACAUGAUCACGUCGCCCUCGGCGUCUGUCCUGAAAAAUAGUGAUAUUUGUGUAGCCUGGGAAAGCAGCAGUUCUCGGAAUAGCAGCUCAGCGAGCAUCAACAAGCCUUUUCUCCACUCCGCACCCCCGUCUGAUCCACUACGGCAAGCAAACCGACUUCCCAUCAAGGUUUUGAAAAUGCUUACAGCACGGUCGGGACACAUUUUGCACCCGGAGUAUCUGCAGCCUUUGCCUUCUACCCCGAUAAGUCCUAUAGAGCUAGAUGCCAAGAAAAGUCCGUUGGCACUGCUGGCGCAGACCUGCUCCCAGAUCGGCAAACCGGACCCACCACCCUCAUCCAAAUUAUCCUCCGUCACAUCAAAUGGAUCUAGUGAGAAGGAAUCUAAAUCUGGUCCUUUGAAAAUGAGUGACAUCGGUGUGGAUGACAAAUCUAGCUUCAAACCUUAUUCUAAACCUUCAGAUAAGAAGGACUCAUCUUCGGGCGUCUCGAGCGGAGAGAAGUCUGGUUUCCGAGUGCCGAGCGCCACCUGCCAGCCGUUUACGCCGCGGACAGGCAGCCCCAACUCCAGCACUUCUGCGUCUCCCAUGCCAUCAGAAGGGAAAUGUGGGGAUAGGGAUGAAAAGAAAGAGUCUGAUUGUAAUAAAAAUGGCACUACGGACGGAUCUGGCACCACUAGCCACAGCAGGAUAAGCGUGAGUUGUGGUGGAAUUAACGUGGAGGUCAACCAACACCAGGAGACGACGCCUGGCACUAAAACCUCCUCCUCGGACUCCUCAUCUGUAACUUCUGUAUCCUCCGCAUCCGUACUCGGGUCAGGACUUGUGGCGCCGGUUUCUCCUUACAAACCGGGGCAGACAGUUUUCCCUUUGCCUCCUGCUAGUAUGGCCUACCCAGGUAGCUUGGCUGGGGCCUACGCUGGUUACCCACAACACUUCCUGCCCCACGGAGGGAGCUUGGUAAACGCACAGCUGGCCAGCUCACUGGGCUGCAGUAAGGCUGGCUCCAGCCCCUUGGCUGGGGCUUCACCACCGUCCAUCAUGUCAGCCAGCCUUUGCAGAGACCCUUUCUGCCUCAGUUACCAUUGUGCCAGUCACUUAACGGGCGCAUCCAGUGCUUCCUGCACGCACGAGUCUGCAGCUGCAGCGGCCGCUAACGCCCUCAAAAACAGCUACCCACUAAUGUAUCCUACACACCCCAUGCAUGGCGUGCAUUCCUCUGCGCCAUCAUUUACCGGACACCCCCUGUACCCAUACGGUUUCAUGCUCCCCAACGACCCUCUCCCUCAUGUUUGUAACUGGGUGUCGGCAAAUGGACCGUGCGACAAGCGUUUCUCCUCCUCAGAAGAGCUCCUGAAUCACCUGAGGACUCACACUGCUUUUACUGGGGCGGAGAAGUUGAUAUCUGGUUAUCCCGGGUCUUCAUCACUGGCCAGCGCUGCAGCAGCGGCCAUGGCCUGCCAUAUGCACAUGCCACCGUCAGGUGCCCCCGGGAGCCCCGGAACUUUGGCUCUAAGGAGUCCGCAUCACGCGCUAGGACUCAGCAGCCGCUACCAUCCGUACUCCAAAAGUCCCCUGCCAACCCCUGGUGCCCCUGUUCCCGUCCCCGCAGCCACCGGCCCUUAUUACUCCCCUUAUGCACUGUACGGCCAGAGACUCACCACAGCAUCAGCGCUUGGAUACCAGUGAGGAAAAAAAAGACUUUGAAAAGUUUAUAGUACUAAGAAUGCAAAUAUAAAGACUUUUAUAUUAACAGCGCUAAACUUAUGGGCGGGAUCCGUGGACUUCAACUGUAUUUAUUUAUAUGUCGGCUUAAAAGCAGGCGAUAAUAGCUGCAAAUGGAAAAUAUUUGAGCAACUCAAAAAGUGCAUUAUGUUGAACUCUAUAGGUAAAAAUGAAAACACACACAUGUUAGAGUACUAAUUAAAGUAGGGGUCUUCAUUUCGAUGUUAAUUUGAAAUUGCUAUGAUUGUAUUUGUUCUUAUUUAAUGUCUCAUUGAGAAGAAAAUAAUUUACAUGCAUGUUUGUUUCUUAAAAUUUCAGAAAUUGUCCACAUUUUAAAUUGCCGUUAUUUUUCAGGUGUACACCUUGGAAAGAGAAUUGGUAUUUUUUUGUAUGUAUUCUGGAAAAAAUAAGAAACAGUUCUGUUCCAUAUCUCCGUGUGCCUCAUUUUCUCAUGUAUUAACAUUAUUCAGUGUAAAAAUAAUAGUUGGAUUUAUAUUCCACUGGCAGUUUUUAAAAUUGGUCUGUUUAAUUAGUGGGGUUCAGAAAACCUCAUUGAUCAUUUCCGCAGCAUAGGCCUAUAGAUUUUCCCAGCUGUCCAACUUUUUUAACACAAGUUAUUGCUGUCUUCAUUUUGACGAUCUGCUAAUAUAAAGUGCAACUUUCUUUCUUUA